UCAAAGUCUAUAAUUCUAAUUUGUUUGCUAGUUUCAAGUCUUUCAACCUAAGCAAAAAGCAAUUGUGACCAUUAACAUAAUAUAGUUUGCCAGACUGCCAGCUACUCAGGAAGUAUUCCAAGUCUUUUUAUCUAAGAAAUAGUCACCUUCUUAGCCUAAAAGUUUUCUUACCAAGUUACCAAAUAUCAUCAUCUACAACUAGAAAGGUUGAACAUGUCUUGUAUGAACAUAUUGGAGUUACCUGAAGAGUGCCUGUCGCAUAUCCUUUCUUUGACGUCCCCUGUCGAUGUCCUCCGAUCACAGCUGGUGUCUAAGCAAUUCUAUUUGGCUUCGGGAUCCAAUACCGUGUGGGAGAAAUUUCUGCCGUCGGCUUGUGCUGAUGAAAUAAUCUCUCGAUCUUCUGUAUCUUCUAUAGUUCAUCAACUUACUUCUAAGAAGGACCUCUUUACACAUCUCUGCCGUUCUAUUCUCCUCAACAAUAAUACUCAGAGCUUUGGCUUGGAUAAAUGGAUUGGAAAGAAUUGCUACAUGCUUGGGGCUAGGGCCCUGAUGAUUACAUGGGGAGGCACACCUCAGUAUUGGAGUUGGAGUGCAGUACCUGAAUCAAGGUUUCCAGAAGCUGCUGUGCUCGAAAAUGUAUGCUGGCUAGACAUAAAAGGGAAAAUGCACACCAAAGUCCUUUCACCAAAGACAACUUAUGGUGCAUAUUUUGUGUUUAAAAUGGAUGAUGACAAUCAUCAAGGAUUUGAAUAUACACCAGUGAAUGUAUCUAUUUCAGAGGUUACCGAAGAAGGGCUACCUACACAAGAUUACACCGUGGUUGUUAAGAAAUUCUAUCUUAAGGAACCCUCAGUUAGGAGACUUUCGAGGAGGCCUGAAGAGCUUCCGGUUACAAGAGGUGAUGGGUGGAUGGAAAUAGAGAUGGGUAGGUAUCAAGUUGGUGCUGAUGCUGAUCAAGGAGUGGUAUUAGAGAUGAGUUUAAGGCAGGUUGAAGAUCUCAAUUGGAAACGUGGUCUUAUUGUUCAUGGUAUUGAACUUCGUCCUUUGGAUUGAUUACUAGGAUACAUUCUAUGAUCAGGGGGCGAAUUGAAGCUAGCAAAGUAUGCAAUAAUGGAUUCACUUGAACUAAUUGGUUGUUUAUGAUGAAUAAUUUGUAUAUCUAUUUUCAUGAAUUUCUAUACACGUAGUAUAAUUUGACUUUGUUUUAGACUAAAUAAUACUUCAUACUUGGAGUUGGUAAAUGGUAAUUGGUAUAAGGUUUAUGA